ACACUGAAUAUUCAACGGUCCGAUCCGAUCCGAUAAUUCUCCUCAAAAAGAACCUCGGAGGAAAGGAAAAGGAAGAAAAAGAGCUGAUAGAGUUGAGAGAGUAUGGGACACGGGAGCUCAAAGGACGGCGGCAGCGGCUCUUAUUCCGAUGAUGAUGCGGACGCUAAAUCCUCGCCCUCUCACAUCUCUCGUUUGAAGGAGAGAUUGCAUCGUCACCGCCUUCGUCUCCGCCGUAGACGCGGUUCUUCAUAUUCUCAGAACAAACUCCUGGCUGCUGAGGAUUUCGCUGGCAUUGCUCAUCUUACUCUUAUUAACGCGGAGAUGAAGUUUAAGGACAAGUGGCUGGCAUGUAUUUCGUUUGGGGAGCAAACGUUUAGAACAAAUGUUUCUAAUGAAACAGACGAGCCUAUCUGGAAUUGUGAAAGGAAACUUCUUUUGGAGAAAAAUGGACCUCGUCUUGCCAGAAUCUCAGUAUUUGAGAUGAACAGAUUGUCAAAAAGUAAUCUCAUAGGGUACUGUGAGAUCAAUCUACUUGACUAUCUAACGCAGGAUUCAGAUUCUGACUUCGGUACAUUCAACCUGAUUGAUCCUGGAUUAUCAAACAUGGUUGUUGGCAGUGUUUGCAUUUCCUGCAAUGUUGAGGAUCCAAUUGAAACAGAGAAAAAGUUUGCAAGACGAAUCUUAUCGAUUGUGGACUAUGAUGAAGAUGGAAAGCUUUCAUUCUCGGAGUUCUCUGAGUUAAUUAAUGCUUUUGGCAAUAAAGUGGCAGCUAGCAAGAAAGAGGACCUUUUCAAAGCCGCUGAUAUAAAUGGGGACGGUGUUGUGAGCAUGGAUGAAUUGGCUGAACUUCUUGCAGUUCAACAAGAAACAGAGCCGAUUAUGAAUUCUUGCCCUGUUUGUGGUGAGAUCGUUGUCGAGUGUGAUAAGCUGAACACUCUGGUUCAUUUGUCUUUGUGUUUCGAUGAAGGAACUGGUAACCAGAUCAUGACAGGAGGUUUUUUAACUGAGAAACAAGCCUCUUAUGGGUGGCUGUUCAAACUAAGCGAGUGGGUUCGUUUUUCAUCAUAUGAUGUUGGUUUGAACUCUGGGUCGAGUGCUUCACAUAUUUUGGUCUUUGAUCGAAAGACGAAGAGGCUGGUAGAAGAACUAAUCGAUACAAAGAUUGUUUUGUCAAUGAGAACCAUUUACCAGUCAAAAGUAGGACUUGGCCUUAUGGAUAAAGGAGCAAAGGAAAUCUUGCAAAGCCUCUCCGAGAGGCAAGGAAGACAGAUGAAUUCCGUCGAAUCUGCAGAAGAUAUUCCAAAAUUCAUAGAAUUUUUCAAGGAUCAAAUCAAUAUGGCUGAAGUCAAGUAUCCUAUGGAGCACUUUAAGACAUUUAAUGAAUUUUUUGUGAGAGAGCUAAAACCUGGAGCAAGACCAAUUGCUUCCAUUGAGCGUGACGAUGUUGCAGUGUGUGCUGCUGAUUGUCGGUUGAUGGCUUUUAAAUCAGUACAAGAUAGUCUACGGUUUUGGAUCAAGGGUCGAAAGUUUUCAAUUCAAGGUCUUCUGGGGAAAGAAGUCAGUCCAAAUGCUUUUAUUGAUGGAAGUUUGGUGAUAUUCAGGUUGGCCCCGCAGGACUAUCAUAGGUUUCAUCUUCCAGUUUCUGGCGCCAUUGGGAAGUUUGUAAACAUUCCUGGAUGCUUGUACACAGUUAAUCCCAUUGCUGUCAACAGCAAAUACUGUAAUGUUUUCACCGAGAAUAAACGAACAGUGACCAUUAUUUCUACUGCAGAAUUUGGAAAGGUGGCAUUUGUUGCGAUUGGAGCAACUAUGGUUGGUAGCAUUACUUUUGUGAAGAAGGAAGGUGACAUUGGCAAAAAAGGAGAUGAGCUCGGAUAUUUUUCAUUUGGAGGGAGCACAGUGAUUUGUGUCUUUGAGAAGGAUGCAAUAGAGAUAGAUGCAGACCUCUUAGUUAACAGUGAACGAUCACUUGAGACAUUAGUCUCUGUUGGAAUGACGUUGGGAGUUUCCAGAAGGAAACUAGGUGGAGCAGUGACCAGAGGGUUGCCAAACUUGGAAACCUGUGUUUUGAGGGAUUGAGUUUGACUUGCCUCAUCAGUUGCAGACUAUCUUAGGCAAAAUUGAUCAAAUGGGGGCGUUGGAAUAAAAGAUUGACUCGUAUAGAAUGGUGGGGGAAAUAUAUUCUGAGAUGAGGUUAUUGCUACAGUGUCAUCAGGAAGACACUGGGAGCACAAUGCUUCUUGUGGCGUCCCCAAUGCAUUUUCUGUCGGCGAUUACAAUGCGUCUAUUUUGUUACUUUGUUAAUCUUGACGUUCCAAUUGCAUGAAAUAUAGGGAAGACACAUUGUGCUCUCGGCAUCUUCCCCGGCACUGUAACAUUCACCCCAUCUCAGAAAAUAUUUACUCCACUCUAUACAAACCAUUUUUUUCCAAUGUCCCAUUUGAUCAUUUUC